CACACUCGUGUCGGCGCUGAGGGGCUGCGCAGGGCUGUGCUCGCUGUGAGCCGGAACUGCCCUUCAUUGCUCUCUCCUUCGCCAAACCUUUCUGGUAGAACUGCACGACAAAAGGAAGCAAAGCACAAUGUAGAGGAGGUGCUGAGGGAGCUGAGAGAAAGCUGUUGCUGUACUCCACAGUGUGGUCACCGAGCUUUGCUGCACAGGAAAGUGGGAACCAGCUCUCUGACAUUCCUCAGGUGAUCUCUUUUCUUACCUAAUGAAGGAUUGGCUCGCACAGACAAAUGAGUAAAAUUCUCCAGUCUCAGCUGGGAGUCUGAAAAGAUGCAGCGAAGGCGGAGUUCCAGGGCCCGAAAGCAGCCUCUGCACGCUCACCAUAAAAGCCAAAAUGAUCUCUCUGCCUGGCAAAAAGGAGGGACAAUUCACUCUGAAAAAAGUUUGCAGAGUCAUCAGUCUGCUAAUGAUCAGAAAUAUGAUAGCGAGGGAGAGUCUCUAGAGCAAGCUUUGAGCUACUUUGAGAAAGUUCAAGACUGUGCUGCACUGAAGAAGAAGAGUGUUCCACAGAAACACCUGGAUGCUGUGGAAAGCACUGCCUUGAAACAUGGGCUGCCCCCUGAAGGGUUUGAAAUACUGCUGAACGUAGUGCUCAGUGGCAAAUUUGCUGAUACAGUGAAUAUUCGUUUAUUGAAGAGCCUGAUUCCUGCCUCAGUGAUACCAGAAGAUUCUGUGGUUAAAGCUGUGUCUUGGCUCUGUGUCAGCAAAUGCUCAGGCAAUGUCGAGCUGCUUUUUUUGAAGUGGAUGAUCACAAUGUUUGACUUCAUUGAUCACAAGGAACAACUUCAUGCCCUUUAUGGUAUUUUCUUCUCCUUCCUGCAAGAUGAGAGGAUGUGCCCCUACAUCUGCCACCUGCUCUACCUGCUGACCAGGAAAGAACAUGUUAAGCCUUUUCGGAUUAGGAGACUGCUUGAGCUCCAAGCAAGAAUGGGAAUGCAGUCUCAUCUGCAAGCUCUGCUAUCACUUUACAAACUUUUCUGCCCAGAACAGGUGACCAUAACCCUCCCUGGGAAAAUGAAGACUUACUUCAAGAAUUCAGAGGGCCCAUGGAAAGCAGCAAUCACUGCAAUAAGGCAAAAAAACCAGGGACCCUCUUCCCUGUUCCAGACAGUGUUUUUAGGCACAGCUCAGCCUCAGUCACGAAAAAGGAAAUGGAAUGCCCAGUUGGUUAUACCUGCAAGCAGUGCAAACACAAAUAAUUUAGAAGAGGACAGGGAAAAGAAGUGUCUUUAUUUGUACAGUACAAACGAGUCUUUUCCACUGGAGCAGCUGCACACCUUCCCUCAGCUCCUACAAAAUAUCCACUGUCUAGAGUUUCCUUCCCAGAUGGGUUCAGUAAUAACAAACCCCUUAUUGCUUCACUACAUGAAUUGUGUGAGAGAUGAAUCUAUUUACCUGAGGCUCUACUAUUGGAUGGGCCAGAUGCUCCAGGAAGAGUGCACCUGGUGUAUGGUUAAUAACCCAUAUGAAGAAGAAUUCAAGAGCUUCCUGCAAACUGUCUACAAGGCAGAAUGUUUCUUGCAGGAGGGAUUUUCUGCCUGUGAAGAGUUCCUGUAUAAGACCCUUCCUCUCUGGGAUGGCUUCUGCUGCCGCUCAGAAGUCCUCGGACUCCUGAGCUGGAUCCCCCUCAGCAGUUUCUCUGACAUUAAGUCAUAUCUCUAUGAUCCCCUGGCACAACUCUUUUUCACAUCAUCUAUUUACUUUAAGUGCAGUGUUCUUGAGAGCCUGAAAGAGCUGUUGCAGAACUGGUUAAAUUGCAAUGCGAUUCAAGUGGAUUUGGAGUCUUCUUCUUUGAACACCACCCUCUCUGGACUAGUGAAUGGGGUGGCUGAACUGGUUCACUUUGUGGGAUGGAUCUCUACUGUUGGACUGCGUUUGGAAAACAAUUCCACGCUCUUGCUCUACUUCACUCUGGAUUUCUAUGAGACUGUGUGUGACAUGUACCUGAAGUACAAUCUGCCUUUGCUGAUAAUGCUUCCUGCUGGGGUUUUCUACCCAGCACUGCUCAGCAUGGAUUCUGUCAACUUGAAUCAGCUCUGCUACAUUAUGUACAGGUACUACAACAGGUGUAGGCUGCAGGGACUUCUUGUCUUCUCUUUCAGUCUUUUGGAAAUGAAAUUACUUUGUUGUAAAAACCUGGGAUCUGCUUCUUGCUGUUCAAGGUAUCGAACCAACUUAGUGGCUGCAAAAGAAAAUGAGCUGUGUAAAAAGCAAAUGCUGCAGUUCAAGUUCAGUGACCAGACAUACAAAGUGUACAACCAGUACAUAAUAGCUAUGGUGGGCUGUCUGUGGACAUCCAGUGCAUUCCAGAAGGAUAUUCAUCCUCAAGGUCUUCGUAUGGAUGAUGAACUGUUGAGUAAAACUGCAGUGAAGGAAUUAAAAAACAGCUUUAACAUUGUCUAUCACCCAGCCAUGAUGGGCUACUCUAUUCAAUUCCUGCAGCAGCUUUGUCCUGAUGAUACCACCUUCAACUUCAGAUUAAUUAAGGGGAAGAAGUGGAACUGGUAUCUGGAAUAUCUCUAUACCCAAGGUUUGAAGGGGCUGAAGGUAUUUAUUGAGAGCAGCAUCAGUCGGGUUUCCCAGGACUCCUGGAGCAAAGCAGGGAAUGUAGAAGCAUGACCCUGGGGCUCACUGGAAUUCUUGUGUCAUCGGGAGCAAACUUGCAGACUCUAAAGGACUGUGUCACUAAUUCUUCCCUUCUCAGAGGAGAGAAACAGAGCAAUUAAUCUUGCCUGCACUUUUGUACUGUCUUUUCUCAUAUGAAAGUGAAGACACAGAUGUUGAGGCUGCCUUGGUUCACUAACACUGAACCCCCUCUUGUCACUGCUAAACGUCUCUGGUCUGAAGUUGGUGAGCUGUUAUGUGACAUCCACAUCAUUCACCCUAGUGUUUCUCUGUUGGAGUAUUUGUUUUGAUUGAGAAACAAACAUUUUCCAUCCCAAAGCUGCAGUGAGCAGUGGUGCUUCAUUUAUAAGUAAUGUUGACCACUGACCUGCUUUGCCUUCCUCAGCAGCAGGUAAUGAGAAACAACUUAAUCAGCCUUUCUGGGGCGCUGUGCAUGUCUUGGAUUGGAGCAAUGUGAGGUUCCCAAUUCCCUGUUGUACUCUGUAUGACUUUUAACAGGCUGAUCAAGCUGACCUGCCUGAAAUUAAUUUUGAGGCUUUUGGAACAGUGUUUUUGCUAACUUUGGUAAUAAUGAUCUGGUACAGCUGGAAAGUUUGGUGUUCUAUUGAUUUAUUGGUGUGAGCACUUGCACAGUGUCGCCAGCAACUUACCAUUUUCUAUAUUGAUAAGUGCAAAUGUAACUUUCCUUUGGUGUUUUUAGCUUGGUAGGUGUUGUAUAUUUGUGUACAUAUGUAUAAUUUAUAUUCUGUAAAAUAUUUCUAAUGUGUAAUUUUUUAAAAAACUCUUACGAAAUGUAUCUUCUGUCAUUUCAUUUUAAGUCUGAGGAGAAGCUGAGAGAAGCUGAACUGAGGUUUCUAAAAUCUGAAUUAACUUUAUUUUUCUGCCAUAAAACAAGAUUGUAACCACUUGAGAGUUGAGUUAGAUGAUAGUGAAUUUCGCAUUGUGAAUCUGUGCUUUGAUUCAGUGAAGGAAUUGGUCUUGAGAGUGACUCUGGAGCCACUUGAGAUGUUUGCUUUCUUCAUCCCCUCAAAAUCAGACUGGUUGAGUACCACAGUUCUCAGCUCAAGUACAUCUGGUUAAUGUCUUAAAGUAUUGCCCUUCCCUUUCAUCUGUGUUAUCCUAAGUAGUGUAAGUGCUACUUGCUAAUUUUUGUCAAGAGAAACAGAUCUUGAAAACCCUGAUUAUAUUUGUUCAACAGGAGAAAGUCCAUGUAUUAAAAAUUCCUCCAAGUGGA